AUGCGUUCCGGCUCGCUCCUCACACGAUUGGCCUUGUGUACAUCAUCAGUGCAUGCGUUCUACCCAUUCACCCCGAAAUGGCUCAAGGAUCUUGAAGAGAAGACCGGCUUGGACUCGCGGGACGAUGGUGCCGUAACCUAUGGCAUCAGGCGGCAUGGCAGCAGUCAGCCCUCGACCGAACCCUCCUCCAAGGUUGCCGCCCGCGAAGCAGGCCGUCUAGCCCAAAAGUACCGCACCGGCGACGGUCACGACGGCAGCGACGUCGCCAAACGAUCAGGCAACAAGUACUCCGUCAUGGAGGCCGAGGACCCCGACACCUCCAAGACGGCAGGCAUCGACCAGGACGGAACUGACUACUCGUACUUUAUCGAGGUGAGGUUGGGGUCCGAGAAGAAGGCCAUGUACAUGCUCAUCGACACGGGUGCCGGGUCGAGCUGGGUCAUGGGUACCGACUGCAGCUCCAAGGCCUGCGCCCUGCACAGCAGCUUUGGCUCGGACGACUCGGACACGUACAAGGACGCCGGCCAGGACUUCUCCGUCGCCUACGGUACGGGAGAGGUCAAGGGCGAGCUGUUCACCGACACCAUCUGCGUGACCGACGACAUCUGCUUCGACUACAGGAUGGGUGCCGCCAACGACACCUCGGACGACUUCGAGCACUUCGCCUUUGACGGCAUCCUCGGCCUGUCGAUGGACUCUGGCAGCAGCGACAACUUUCUCGACGUGCUGUCCGACUCGGGCGACAUCGACGCCAACGUCUUCGGCAUCUCGCUCCACCGCGCCACGGACGGCGACGACAACGACGGCGCCAUCACCUUUGGCGGAGCCGACCGGACCCGCUACAAGGGCGACAUCACCUACGUCGACGUCGACCCGAGCACGACCUCGUGGGUCAUCCAGCUCGACGACGUCUCCUGCGACGGCAAGGGCUCGGGCGCCGGCGGCGUGGCGUCCUACAUCGACACGGGCACCACCUUCGUCUUCGGCCCCCCCGACCUCGUCAAGGCCGUCCACGCCGUGGUCCCCGGCGCCGAGUCCGACGACGGCACCUCGUACACCGUCCCCUGCGACCUCGACAUGCCCCUGACCUUCAUCUUCGGCGGCACCGGCUUCGACGUCUCCCCCCGGGACUGGAUCUCCCCCAAGGACAGCGACGGCGUGUGCACCAGCAACAUCUACGGCCAGGAGGCCGUCCAGGGCGCCUGGCUUCUCGGCGACACCUUCCUCAAGAACGUCUAUGCCGUCUUCGACGCGGACGAGAAGCGUAUCGGCUUCGCCGCGAGGUCCGACGACGCCGAGGACGACGACUCGUCCUCCUCCAAGACCGUCACGCCCGCCCCUGCCACGCCCACUACCGGCACCUACGCGCCUACCAGCACGGCUGACAGGACGGGCUCGUCCGAGGCGGAGACCACGACUUCAUCGGAAGGUGGUGGUGACUCCUCGCCGGACAAGCCUGCGUCAGCCGGUACUUCGCUCACCCUUGGGCUGUCUGAGCUCGCGCUUCCUGUCUGCCUAGCGGCUGCGGCUGCAUUCGGCCUGUUCUAG